ACCUAUAUUAUUUACUCGUCUAGUCAGCACAUUUCAGUCGCAUUUUGUUGUUUGCGUAAGACGCACUGCGCAGAUGCGGUGGUACUGUAAAGUCGCUUUGCGCGCGCGCAACUUUCGCGGUUUUUUUGUUAAUACUUAGGUACUACAUAUUAUAUUUACUUCGUUAACUGUACGAAGGGGUUUCUUGAGUGAGUAAAUAAGUAAAAGCUUAAAGAUCUGUUUCAGUUUAUCAUUAUCAAUCACGAAACUAACUGGAAAUAAAAUCAAGAAAAAUUAAAUAAAAUGGAUCGAGCGUUAUGUCGACUUAAUUAAUACGAAUUGAACGCUCUUCGCAAGUUUUCAUAAACCAUGGAAGAUACAGACGCGGUCACUAUAUUAGACGUCCUUGGCGUGGAUCUGUGCGCGCGCGCACUCUUUGCCUACCUGCCUGUCAUCGAACUCGUGCGCACCGAGCGCGUCUGUCGCCAAUGGCAACGCGCCGUGCAAAUCUUCCUACACUCUUACCAUAACGAUAUCUUAUACAAUGUUUACCACUUUUAUUUAAAAUCUUUCCGUGAUGGCGCAAACUAUGGUAACCGAAAAGUAGAUCAGUAUUUUGCACAUAAAAGCUUGUUUACAGCGUGCAAAACUCUUGAAAAAUUUGCAGGAAAAAUAAGUGAUGAUGUUUUCAAAAAUGUUUCAUCGAAAUGUCCUUACUUGCAACAUUUAAUUGCGCUUAGUGAAGGGUUUAAUUGCAAGAAAUUGAGGAUAUCUGAAUUAAUUAAACAUAAAAGGAAAAAUGCCUGUAGUAAACCUAAUUUGCACUUAACUAGUGAUAUAUUGAAACAUAUUAAGUCGAAAAAUUUGACGUUGAAUAUUCUAAGCACUGCGAUGAAUAGUUUACGAAAUAUAACGACUUUAGAACUUGAUGAUCAUAAUGUGUUCACACUUGAUUAUAUGCAUUUAAUGCUAAACGCAAUGCCGGAACUAGAAACAUUGUAUUUUUGUAACUACUCUUGUAAAUACAGUUCAAUUUUGUAUAACUCUCCGUGUAUAGUUUCAACUGAUGAGUUAAUUUCGUCUAUUAGUCAACUUGUUCAUUUGAAGUGUCUUUAUCUGCGUAAUAAUACAAUUGUGAACGAUACUUUGUUAGAGGAACUAGCGCAGAAAUGUAAGGAGCUAGAGUAUUUAGAUAUUAGCUAUGACAACAUAUAUAAAAAUUGGCCUAAGAAAUACAGUGCGCGCGGCGUGGCAGCGCUUUGUCGCAGACCUUUCUCUGUCACGACACUUUGCUUAGGCUAUGUUCAAAACUUCACUAGUAUAUCUUUAGUAAUGUAUUUCAGGGAUUUACCUAUUGUUCAUGAGCUGGAAAAACUGGGGUGCUAUGUACUAACUCCACAGUGGCUAGAUACCACUCUCUCUUCGCAAACUGUGCAUCCACUUGAAGUAAUAGUUGGUUCGAAAGGGUUAAACUCGUGUGUGUCGGAGAAAUCAGAUGAGUUGUACAAUCUUAAAAUUGUGUUAAAUACUGAUGUGCACACUGAGAGGGAAUUUGUUGGUAAGAGCUAGUUUAAAAUUACCUACAUGAUUAUAAAUAGGAUUCCUUGUACGGACGUGAGUCCGUUUUCACAUUAUCCGAUCCGAUAUCGGAUGUCGGAAGGAUUUUAAUAGAAAAAAUCGAAGAUGGCGCCUAUAAUGUAUGGAAUAUCGGUCCUACAUCCGAUAUCGGAUCGGAUAAUGUGAAAACGCACUAAAGGCUAAGAAAAAUAUUUCGUUGUAAAAACGUAAAUAUUUUGUCGUCUCUUUGCGUUCUACAAUUUCUACAGUAUGUUUUUUGGCUAAUGUUUGUAAUUUUUCAUUUUAUAAGCGAAUAAAUCAUUUAUCGAA